AUGGUUGCAGUUUCAAAUUUACUUAACAGUGGGCUUUUAUUGAUUAGUCAAAACAUCUAUCAAGAUGUUGCAACUCCUCAGGAAAUCAAGACUGAUGGUUAUAACAUUUUAAAUUUUCUUGGUGGUGCUGCUCCAUAUAUCAGUAGAGAAUCUUAUGGUAUUGAUCCAGCUAUUCCAGAUGGAUGUAAAAUUCAACAAAUCCAAUUAUUCUCAAGACAUGGUGAAAGAUAUCCUUCAAAAAGUGAUGGGAAAAAAUUUGAAGCAUUAUAUGAGAAAUUCCAAAAUUAUAAUGGUACAUUCGAAGGAGCUUUGCAUUUUUUAAAUGAUUAUACUUAUUUUGUUCAAGAUAAAUAUUGGUAUGAGAAAGAAACAUCACCAAAAAAUUCGGAAGGAACAUUUGCUGGUACAACUGAUGCUUUAAGACAUGGUGCUGCUUUUAGAUCAAAAUAUAAUUCGUUAUAUAAUGUCAACUCAACUUUACCUGUGUUUGCGUCCAAUUCAGGAAGAGUUUACGAAACUUCAAGAUACUUUGCAAGAGGAUUUUUAGGUGAUGAUUUCGUUGAAGGUAAAACUGUUAAAUUCAAUAUUAUUAAUGAAGCAGAUAUAAGUGGAGUCAAUACAUUAACACCUAAACAUGCAUGUCCAAAGUAUAAUUCAUCUGCCAAUGACAAAUUAGUUGAUAAGUACGACACAACAUAUUUAAAAACCAUUGCUGCAAGAUUAAAUAAACCAAAUCCAGGUCUCAAUUUAUCUUCAAAAGAAGUGCCAUCUUUAUUCAAAUGGUGCGCUUAUGAAAUUAAUGUAAGAGGAAGUUCACAAUUCUGUGAUUUGUUCAGUAAUGAAGAGUUCAUUAAAUAUUCAUAUUCGCAAGAUUUAUCAAAAUUUUAUUCAAAUUCCAUGGGUAAUGAACUUACAAGAGUUAUGGGUGCUCCAUUGUUAAAUGCAUCUUUAGAAUUAUUGAAGGAUGAUACCAACUCAAAUAAAAUUUGGUUAUCAUUUUCUCAUGACACUGAUUUAGAAUUGUACCAUAGUGCUUUAGGACUUGUGUUACCUAAAAACAAUUUGACUACUGAUUAUAUACCUUUUCCAAAUCCUUAUGUUCAUGCUUCAAUUGUUCCUCAAGGUGCAAGAAUUUAUACUGAAAAAUAUCAAUGUGGUGGUGAUUCAUAUGUCAGAUAUAUUAUAAAUGAUGCGGUUGUACCUAUUCAAACAUGUGCUGAUGGUCCAGGAUUUUCAUGCAAAUUAUCAGAAUUUGAAGAAUACAUUAAUGGAAGGAUUGGUGAUAUAAACUUUUCUGAACAAUGUGGUCUCAAUUCAUCAGUUCCGCAAAAUCUUACAUUUUAUUUCGACUACAAAUCACAAAAUUAUACAGCUGCAUUAAUUGAUAAGUGA